AUGGCAUUCGGAGCAUCGGGAGGCCGUGGCGGUUUUGGUGGAAGAGGUGGUGGUGGACGAGGUGGUGGAAGAGGUGGUGGAGACCGUGGCGGGUUUGGUGGACGGGGUGGACGGGGAGGAGGACGAGGCGGAGGUGUACGGGGUGGAGGUGUGCCUUCUAGAGGUGGCCGAGGAGGCAGAGGUGCGCCCGGUGGUAGAGGCGGUGGUAGAGGCGGUCGCGGCGGUCGGGGAGGAGCCAGGGGUGGUGCGAGAACCAUCGUCGAACCCCAUAAACACGAAGGCGUCUUCAUUGCCAAAGGCAAGGAACACAUGCUGGUCACCAAAAAUCUCGUCCCCGGAGAAUCUGUCUACGGUGAAAAGAGAAUAUCGGUAGAGGGGGGCGUCGACGAUACGAAAGUCGAAUACCGAGUGUGGAAUCCUUUCCGUUCCAAGUUGGCUGCCGGUAUUUUGGGGGGUUUGGAUCAUAUUUUCAUCAAGCCCGGUGCGAAAGUGUUGUACCUUGGCGCUGCUAGCGGCACGAGUGUGAGCCAUGUAGCAGACCUUGUUGGACCGGAAGGCGUUGUUUACGCCGUUGAAUUCUCGCCUCGGUCGGGGAGAGAUCUUAUCAACAUGGCAAAAAAGCGAACAAAUGUUAUACCCAUCGUCGAAGAUGCUCGCAUGCCAAACAAAUAUCGCAUGCUGCUGUCGACAGUCGAUGUGAUCUUCGCUGACGUUGCCCAGCCCGAUCAAGCCCGUAUUGUCGGUGUCAAUGCCCACAGUUUCCUAAAAGACGGUGGCCACAUCGUCAUCUCGAUAAAAGCUAGUUGUAUCGAUUCAACUAUGCCCCCCGAGGUCGUGUUUGCGCGAGAAUUAGAGAACCUCAAAGAGCAGCAGCUGAAACCGUUGGAACAAGUCACACUGGAGCCGUAUGAGCGUGAUCAUGCUAUGGUGUCAGCUGUUUACCUGAGAAAUAGGAUGCCCACGACGUAG